GAUGACUCAGCAUGAGGAACGUGAGAGGAGUGGCUACACGGUCAUUCAGAGAGCUCUCUGUAGAUGAAAUGAUUAAGUGACAGAUUAUAGCAGCUAUGGAGCUUCUUCUACGUGUGUCCCUCUGCCUCCUGACGUUUACUGGAAAAUCGUUUGGUGAUGAAAUCGAACUGUUUGCAACAGAAGACAGUGAUAUUAUCUUGCCCUGUUCUCCCAUUGGAAAGGACGACCUCACACAGCAAGUGUUCGACUGGAAGAAAAAUGAUGAGCAGGAGGUGUUUUUAUAUGACAAUGGCAAAUAUUACAACAAUGGAAAAGAUGGUCAAAAUGAAACUUUCAAAAAUCGUGUUGAUUUUUUCCAAGAUAAGCUGCAAUUUGGCAAUGCAUCCAUACGUAUCAAAAACACAAGGCUGACUGAUGCUGGAAUCUACACUUGUACAAUUCCACUUCUUAAGCCACCAGGACAGAAGUCCUACAUUAAGCUUGUUGUUGGUUGUA